AGAGUCAUUAUAAAUAUACGAUGUAACGCUGUUAAAAAUAGGCCUAUGUUAAAAUAUACGCUGUUCGUUUGUUUUUCUCUUCUUUAAUUUCAGAUCAUAACAUUAAGCACUGGCGCGCUGCAACGAGGAUUACUCGCCGCAACUGUCGUCUGCUGAACCACACGAUAAUACCAUGUUGGUGUUCAUUUAAUUUGGAAAGUAGUGUAAUCGUCAGUGGAAUCUGUUCAUAACUUAAAGUUUCUGCAUGUGGGGUGGGCUGUAAAAUAGAAAUUCCUGAUCCUGUUACAAACUGCUUGUAUUGCACGACCCCUUUCAAGGAUUAUACAUAAGCCUAACCCUAAAUUAGGGACCACACAAAUUUAACCAAAACGCCCAGAUUUCAGAACCCUCAGAGUCGGACCGACAGGCCUCAUAGCCGUCUCAGAAUUUUGUGAGGGGUAUUUUUGGCGGUGUCCACAAAGACUACAGCGUUGUCCCGACCACAAUCAAGCGGUCGGAACCCGUUCCAAACUUAUUUAGUUCCUCUUUUAGUAGCAGAACGGAGCGAUUAAAAACAAAUCGUUUUCGUUCAGCGACGAAAAAUCGUUGGCAACUACCGUUGUUAAAAUGGAAACACAGAUGGAGAAGAAUAUGGGAAGCGGGCAACCCAAAAUGGAACAACGCCAGACUUGGGCCCGCAAAAUCGACUUUCUACUUGCCUGCGUCGGCUUCUCCGUGGGGCUGGGCAACGUCUGGAGAUUCCCUUAUCUCUGUUAUAAAAAUGGAGGAGGUGCCUUCUUGAUACCUUACUUCGUUUCCGUUCUGCUGGGCGGAGUUCCGGUGUUUUUCCUGGAGGUGGCGUUAGGGCAGUUCAUGUCGGAAGGCGGCAUAUCUUCCUGGAAAAUCUGCCCACUGUUCCAGGGAAUUGGCUAUGCUAGCGCAGUCAUUGUCUUUCUACUCAACUGUGAAUACAACAUCAUCUUGACUUGGGCAUUCUACUAUUUGUUUUCCUCAUUUACGAGCGUGUUGCCCUGGUCUCAUUGCGAUAAUGAGUGGAAUUCAGAGAAUUGUACGACGCACCACAGAUCCAUCCAGACCAGCAACGCAUCCGCAAUCCUCUCCAUGGGUUCGAACGGUUCUUCACUGUACCAGGUGGCACCCCUCGGAGACAACUCCACCUCCGUAGGACUCAUCAUGCAGAACAUCUCGAGUAACGCUAGCAGGCCAGCCAUGGACCCUGUUACAGAAUUUUGGGAGCUCAAAGUCCUGCAGCUAUCCUCCGGUGUGGGAAUCCCCGGUGCCGUCAAGUGGGACCUGGCCCUCUGCUUGUUACUCGCUUGGAUCGUCGUAUACUUCUGCAUAUGGAAGGGCAUUAAAACAUCCGGCAAGGUCAUGUAUUUCACGGCCACUUCACCUUACAUUUUGAUGUUUGUGUUGAUGGUGCGCGGAGUGACUCUCGAUGGCGCCAUGGACGGUGUGAAGUAUUACCUGUUUCCGGACUGGGAACGCCUAAAGGACGCUCAGGUGUGGGUAGAUGCCGGUACCCAGAUCUUCUUCUCUUACUCCAUCAGCUUGGGCACUCUGACGGCUCUGGGCAGCUACAACAAGUUCCACCACAAUUCUUACAGGGAUUGCGCCUUGUUCGCGGUGACUAACUCUUUCACAAGCUUACUCGCCGGUUUUGUUAUCUUCUCCGUGCUGGGUUUCAUGGCACACAAGCAGGGAGUAUCGGUGGCAGACGUUGCCGAAUCCGGUCCUGGAUUAGCAUUCAUUGCGUACCCCGAGGCCCUCGCCCAGAUGCCCAUUGCCCCACUCUGGUCAAUUAUGUUCUUCAUGAUGUUGAUCCUGCUUGGGCUAGACAGUCAGUUUGUCGGGGUUGAAGGCUUCAUCACUGCAGUGGAGGACAUUUUCCCUCACCUUUUACGUCGAAGUCCGCACAAAGAGUUGUUCAUCGCUGCCGUUUGUUUGGUCUGUUUUCUGAUCGGCCUCUCCAUGGUGACGGAGGGCGGCAUGUAUGUGUUCCAGUUGUUUGACUACUACUCCGCCAGUCGUAUUGUCCUGGUCGUAGCGUUCUUUGAAUGCAUCGUCGUGGGAUAUAUUUAUGGUGUGAAUCGCUUCUGUGACACUGAGUUUAUGUAUGGCUUCCGUCUUGGCCCCGUGGUCAAAGCUUUCUGGCUGUUUUGUGCUCCCCUCUUCACGAUUGUGAUAUUCACGAUGGGUGCAGUGAGCUAUUCUGAGCUGGUGUACGACAGAAAGACGGUCAAGUACGAAUAUCCUUCCUGGGCUAUCGGACUGGGUUGGAUGAUGGCCUGCUCUUCUAUCGUCUUCAUUCCAGGAGUCAUGAUCUUCAAAAUAGUGACUAGCAAAGGAACGUUCACAGAGAGAAUCCGAACGCUCCUCAAACCUGACUUCACCGAAGUACAACAACGCAGGGAGAAAGGCCUGCCAGACGACGACCCAAUGGAUGACAACAAGAAAGCCUUGGUGGAGAUGGAACCCUUGGACCUGCCUCUACCACAAAAGCCCGGCGGUGACAUGGCCCUUUUGACUUAAGACCAGGCCGUCAUACUUGUGGACUCUUUGCUGGCACGGUACACCACACAGAAAGAGGGUUUCUUUGAGGGUGCGAUCUGAUCAGAGACUGCAUUUAAACAUUUUUCUACAUUUCCGUGUGUUAGCUAUUUCCUGGCACCAUGACUGUCCCAUUGCGUCGAUCUCUAGAUAAUACAAGUCACACAAUAAUCCUGACCCCUCUACAUUUUGAUCUAUAUCAUCUCUUCGUCAUCAGCGGGUGUAUGUUUAAGCAUCAGUUGGUUUU